AUGACUGGCAAAAGGGGCAAGAGAAGUGGUCCUCUUGACAAAAACUGCAAAGAAAAACUAAAUAUGGAAGGUCAAAAUAUGGAUAACUCACCUUCGGGGCUUCGGAACCCUGAAGAACGGCGCGAGGGGGAUUCUUGUCCCUGUCCCCCCGCGUCGACAACGAGCAAGGGGAGUGGGGCGGGGGGGACCACGACCCCUUCGCCCAUGGCUGCUAUCGUGAAGAUGGAAAGAGUUAACCUUAAGGUUAUCAAAAAGCCUGAAGGCAAGAUUGUGUUAUCUAACACUGACGUUAGUAUGGACGAAACUGAGGACGAGGUUUUUGAGAAACCUAAGAAGAUCGACAAAGCGAAAAAGAAGAAGACGGAAGCUCCUAGCCGACCUAAGUCCCCGGAGCUGGAAUAUGUGUCGACAUAUGAGGCUGGGCCAUCAUCGAGACCUACUACCCCCCGCAACCCUGAUAUUGAGUUGGUAUCAUACACGCCGGGCACAAGGUCCAGGAGAAAUUCAGAUUCGUCUGCUAGUAAGAAGAGGAAACGUAAGUCCUCACCUGAGGACACGGAUGAGGAUGAAAGAACAACUCUGAACCGAUUCACUGAUGCCCAAAGACAGGAUGUGGAGGACCUCCUGGAUCAGAUAGAGGAACUCUCCUCCGCCGAUAUGGCGGCUCGGGUCACUGACUGGUUAGGCGAAGUUGAGGAAUACCGUCGGAAAUCACGAAAUAUUAAAGGAUCCUUCACGCGCCAAAUGAAAGUGAAGGUGGCGGCGUCUGCUGAAGCCACUAAGGUAUUAGCCAUGAGGGCUUCCAUGGAGGGAGAUAUUGGAUUCAUGAGGGCUAAAAUCCUUGAGCUGCAGAAUGAAAUGAAGACCGUCAAAGAGGAAAACCAGCGACUUAAGCUGCAAUUGGAGGAUUUGCGUAAUGGAGCGCCUCUAUUUGGAAAUGCCAAGGAGGAUGGGGCCCAGGGCGAAAUGAGAUCGCCGGGACCUUCGGCGGAGUUUUUCAGCCCUGUGGCUGAAAUGUCUCACUUGAUGGAAGUGGGACCACUGGAGGAUGCCCGACGAACUCCGGCAAGAUUGAGAGGCUCUCCCCCUCGCCCUAGCACUGUGGGCCCACCUAUUGGGGAAGAGUUCUUUGCGAGACUCACUACAGCCAUCAGCCAGGCUGUGGCUGGCGCUAUCAGGGAGCAUCUCCCUGGGGCGGAUAGGCGCGGGCCCCAAGCUGAACCCGGCCCCCGACGGACACAGGGAACCAGAUUCCCGGAGAGACUGCCCUCAUCGUCUACAGUGGCUGAGCCGAUGACGGACGAGGAUGGCAAGGGACGCCAAAAGUCUGUCAGUAAGAGACAGCAAAAACGGAAGUCCCGUGCCCCGAGAGAUGAAGUGCCUAACGCCCUGGGAAAGAGCUUUAAGGAGCGCAUGGAGGAAUGCAACGCGACGGCAACUGAUGAGGACCCACUCCCAGUGGCCCCGGCUCAGGAACGGCCUAGACCCGUUGUAGCCAAGAGGGAGAAUGUGGGAACUGCCCGAAGGAGGGUUCCCAGAUCAUCUGCUGUGACUCUGUCCUUCCCCGGAAGCAUGAGAUUUGCGGAUGUGGUGAAAAAGGCAAGGGACAGUGUCAAACUGGAGGACAUAGGUAUUCAGCACACAAGAUUGAGAACAACGAUGUCCGGGGCGGUGCUGGUGGAGAUUCCCGGCAAAGACAUGUCCCCCAAAGCGGAUGCGCUCGCGGCUAAGCUGAGGGAGACCUUCGGGGACUCGGAGGUUCGUGUUGCGAGGCCGUCUCUGAGGGGAGAGAUUCGUCUCUCGGGGUUGGAUGCUUCAUUAACCCCGGAGGAAGUUAAAACGGCUAUGGCUGACAAGGGUGGAUGCGCGGUGGAAGACAUCCGACUUGGUCAGUAUAGAAUCACGCGAAACGGAUUCCGCACAGUCUGGGCGCAAUGCCCGCUUGGCGCAGCGAUGGAUUUGGCUCAAGAGGGUGGACUGCGAGUGGGGUGGUCCACCUCCAGGGUGGACUUGCUCAAAAAGCGGCCGGUCCAAUGCUUCAAAUGCUUUGCCACCGGCCACGUGAGGGAGAAGUGCCCCAGCACGAUAGAUCGUUCUACGUGCUGUUUUAAUUGCGGAGCGGAAGGACACAGAGCCAGAGAGUGUGGCAAGCCGCCAGAUUGUCCAAUCUGCAGGGAGCAGGGGCGUAGACACGACCACAGGGCCGGCUCGGACGCAUGCCCACCAUGCCCUCCGAAGACGAACCAAAAUCAGAGUCCACUAUCUCGGAGGAAAUCGGCCGAGAGCCCGCUACCUCAACGAAAACCAGCUGAUCGGAGGACGGAGGCUGGAUCAAGCCAACAAUGA